CGUAAGUCGUACCACGGACAAGAACCAUGCGAAAUGACAUCGACCGAUAUUAUAAAGCUUAUUGACGAAUACAAAAACAGCAAUAUCAAGCAGCAGGCAAUGUUGGAGAAGAAAUAUGGCAAGCGGCAAAUGCAAACAAUCCAAAAAUAUCUUACAACUGAGUAUCUGCAAGAUAAUGCGAAAAGGUGUCCGAAAUGCCGUUCUUUCAUUAGCAAAACCGAAGGUUGCAACAAAAUGACGUGUAGAAAUUGCCAAUCUUUUUUUUGCUGGCUGUGCAACAAUCAGAUACACGGAUACGAGCACUUCAACACCGUCGACAGUCCAUGUUACGGUCUUUUAUUUGAAGGUUUGGAGACGGAGAACGCUAUGGAUUAUGAGAACGCUGUGGAUAACUUUAUAAUGGAUAAUAUAAAUCAAUACUUGGAAAAUUUCAAUGUCUAAAUCAUAAACUCCGGAAAAUAUGGUCUUUGAAGUAAUUAGGACCUUAAACUAAAAUUAUACUACGUUGAUCUUUGUUAUUUAUAUUUUUUGCAAAUGAGAAUAGUUUAAAAAAGGAAUCAUUGAUUGGAAUUUUCGAUGAAUGUAUAGCUAUAU